UAGCUGUAAGGCACUGAGGCCUGAACAAUUUUUGUUGGUCACCUCUGCUCUCUCUUGUUUGUUUUCAUCAAUUUUGGCAACCAUCAGGAAAUAGACUCGACUCUUUACGAUGACGGCUUCAGGUGACGGUACCAAGAAAGAGGUGAAAGAUCCUGCGGUCGUCAAGGGUGACGACGACAAGUCGAAAGAAGUGGAGAUUAAGCAUGCUCCUCAUCCGUGCAAGAAGACUGAGAAGCCAUCUGAAGGUACUCACAGUGGGGGACCUGUUACCAGUUCAAAUAAUGACUUAGAUUGUGAGAUUCCCGCACCUAUCCUUUUGGCCGAACAGUUCAGUGACGUUCCCUCGAUGCCUGCAGAGUCAGUGCCAAUACAUCCGUGGAUUGUCGGCAUGGGCGUUAGGGCUGCCUCGAGCACUCCCGGAGCUUUUCGAUCGAGCCCUGGCCUGAUGACACAACGCACCGAAGAACUUUCCAGGAGCAUCCUGCAGGAACAACAGCAGCAGCAUGGACGAGAAGAAGGAGAUCAAGAUCAAGUAUACAUUUCCAAUGCGGAAGGUCUGGUUGAAGCAAGAGCCGUGGAUGAACAGGCAGUGGCUGUAGCUUUCCCGGAAGCUAGUACCCAAGCAAAGUCAUCGCGAAGCCAAUCGGAGAAACCAUAUUCUGUACUACUGACUCUUGCUGUCUUGCUCAUGGUGGAAAUCAUUCUCCUGAUUCUUGGCUUAACCGGUUCCUUUGAGACGAGCAGCAGCAGCAUUCGUCCCGCAAAGAAUACCACAUUGUCAACCUGGCCAAAGGAAGAGACAGACUUUCUGUGGAACCAACUUUUCGGAAAUCUUACCAACACUUCAUCGACCCUUCAAGCAUUGCAAGGCCCCGCUUCUCCUCAGUCUCGUGCUUUGGAUUGGAUUCGCCAAGAUGUUUUCAACCAAAUCUACCCGCAGUUUCGCCUUCGCCAACGAUAUGCCUUGGCUACCUUUUACUACGCCAUGAAUGGAACCUCUUGGACUCAUUCCAAAAACUGGUUGACUGCAGAGCAUGAAUGUGCAUGGUACACCGCCGAUAGCCGGUCCAUUACGAGUGCCAUCAGUCACUCCACCACUUAUCCAUCCCCAUGUCAUGGACACGAUCCCAUAACUGAGGAUAGUGCCACAUUUGUUGCCAACACCACUACAAUGAGCUAUGACAAUCCCUACUAUUCUCGUCUAUGGAUGCGCCACAACAACAUGUAUGGCACACUCCCAGAAGAAAUCUAUUGGCUCACAUCGCUCACAAGCCUCGAUUUCAGUUACAAUCCGGUCGUUGCGGGCACUAUCUCCACACAGAUUGGUCAACUACGAGACUUGGAACACUUCAAAGCUCCAGUCUACCGGUACAAGGGAGGAACUGUCGGAUCUCUAAGCUCUGUCAAGUCGGUCGACUGGUUGCACGGGACCAUCCCCAGGGAGAUGGCCUUGUUGACCAAGCUUCGCGUUUUGGAUGUGGGACGAACAGGACAUAGACUAAGCGGAAGCUUGCCACCAGAACUAUUUACACAACUCACCUCAUUGGAAAACUUGCUCUUGUCAGGCAAUCAAUUCACGGGAUCCCUUGCCACUGAAAUUGGACUUCUCACCAAGAUGCAAGCCAUGUCCAUCGUCGACAAUGCCUUUACUGGCAUGUUGCCGAGUGAGUUGGGUCAGCUGUCUCUGAUGAAGUACACUUAUCUUUCAGGCAAUCAGUUUUCGGGAAGCAUCCCCACAGAGUUGGGGCGAUGGACGGAUGUCAUUUGGUUGAAUCUCAACAACAAUCUACUCAGCGGAUCCUUGCCGAGUGAAGUGGGACUGUUUCCGAUAAUCAAAGAGUUUCAAUUGGACAACAACGCUUUGGAGUCCAAGUUGCCCACCGAAGUUGGACAAUUGAAACUUCUACGACAGUUGCAUGUUAGCCAAAACCAAUUCACGGGGACCUUGCGGACAGAGUUGGGUCGAUUGACACGUCUUGAGACUCUUCGAAUGCAAGGGAAUCAAUUCUCAGGUCCUUUGGUGACGACACAGGACAACUCGCCACUGGAAAACUUGACCAAGCUUGUGACAUUGGAUCUGUCCAGCAAUGCUUUCUCGGGCACUAUCCCUAAAUCUUGGGCAGCUCUACGGCUUCUAGAAGAGUUUGACAUCCACAAAAAUCAAAUCAGUGGCAGUAUUCCAGUUGCAUUAUUGGCUUGGGGCAACACCAUUCGAAAGGUCGAUUUGUCGAACAAUGACUUGUCCGGAUCUCUCCCAAUGGAGUUGUUUGAUGCGUGGGGAAAUGUUACUUAUUUGGAUGUAUCGGGAAAUGAGUUUAUCUCAGGGACAUUUCCCAGUGCCUAUUGCGAACGAACUCAAUUGCUACGGGACAAUGAAUUUCCCUUGGUGUUUGGCUUUGAUUGCAGUGACAGGCUCUGCGGAUGCAACUGUACCAGCUGCUCACUUUGGACAAAUGGAAGCAGCUGGUGACACCGGCUGCAACAAGUUUUGAACAUGUCAAAGCAGGAGGUUGGCACAGCAAGGUUUCCGACGAAACGGUGAAUUGCUUGCAGUUGACUUGACUCGGCCCAAGUUAUUCUACAUGUAGGAAGCGCUUGCAGUUGACUCGGCUUUCCUCAUUCCAUUUUUUCACGGUGUAGAUGUAUACUAAUAAAGCAAGCUUCUCGAGGAGCACACCUCCCUUGGAACAAUUACAUGUACCGGUACUGUAUGUGAGACUCCCUGUAAAUCGUUCAUUUAAAUUCUUGGUCAUGCCGAGCAGACUCACCUGAGAUGUGUAGUCCACUGCAGAUUCUUCGGAAGCUUGGUCGGUCUUCAUGAUUUUGAUUGGCUUGGGGGAUCGCCUUUCACCUUCCCUCCAUCGGUCACUGCUGGAGGUUGCUUUUGCCCUUCCUUCUUCUUGGUGGAUACCGGUAGCAUGUCCAUCGGCAAAUGUUGUUCAGGAAUAUGUUUGCGAUGGUAUCGAUGCAUGGAUAUGGCUUGGGCUUACCGAGCUGACGGAGGAAUAGAAUAGGAUCCUCCUCUUGCCACAGUUGCCAAUGGCUCAAGAUACCAUAAAAGUAGACUAGACUAGCUACCGGUAGCCAGGCUCCUGGU